GUGAGCUCCAUUCAGCUGAGCGCUGCAAAGGCUGAAUGAAUGGCUCGGCUCGGUAGUCCUCGCCCUCGCGCUGUGAUGGUAUUUGUGGGGGGCGGCGGGUCGCGGCGUGUUUAAUGCGGUGAUUUUAUGCGGCUCUCGGAUCCUCGUCCUGUGUUUGUUGGAGUAUUCUGCAUGCAUGGCUCAGGAAACAGCGGCAGCUGCAUCAGCCUGCCUGCCUGCCAGAAAGCAGCGGCGGCAGCAGCAGCAGCCAGUUGAUAAAGAAGGCAGAAAAUGGAAACCGUGAAACAAUGGAACCAAGAUAUUAUUGCACUUAACCACCUGGAUAAGAAACUCCACUCCAAACAAAAUGGCAUGGUUUCCAAGAAUCUCCUUAACACUCUCAAGAUCCGCAACCAUUUACAUCUGCAGCCCAUUUCUCGUUCAGCAUGCGCUACUGGGUCCUGUCCAGAUCUGAUCAUGAGUAGGAAUGAGCAGCCUGACUCACGGCCAGUCCCCAUGGCACUGACCCCUCAGCUGCCCCCCAGAACCCACCGGCCCCUCUGCCUCUCUGUGUCCUCUGACAGCAAUGGCCGCUUUAAAGCCCUGGAGACCCAGGAAUGGAAAAACAACCUCAAAGCUCAGAUGGAGCAGGCCCACAGUGCUGGAGCUGCCAGCAGCACAGGUUCCUUGGAGAGAGCCUCUCUCUUCUGUGCUUCUGGCUCCACCACCACAUCCAGCUCAGGCCUUUCCAGCCCUGUGGAGCUGCUCACCAAAAGCAAGUCAUCAAGCCGCUUCUCUCUCUUCUCCCCGCCGUGGAACAGCAGCUCCGAGUCUGACUCCAACCCUCCAUCUCGCACCGGAUCCAAAAAACUGCGCAACUACAGCCGCAGGGCGGGACCCGGUGGGGUCAAAACAGGCCCCGAGACCCCGGAGCCCAAGCAGAGUGGUCCUGAGCACUUCCAGUACUCUGAGCCAGUUAUCUCAAAGGUGACUGACUACAUCUACGUGGGAAACCUGAACGCGGCCUACAGCGGCCGCACGCUCUGCCGCAACAACAUCGACAGCAUCAUCGACAUGAGCAGCCUGCCGGGGGAGACGUCCUUAAGCCUGAUCCCCUGCACCUGCUCACGGGGGGCCAAGCACAGCUGGUCCCGACUCAAGGUGGACAUCAGUGAGCUGCCAGAUCCAGCACGGGACAGCCAGUCCCUUCGACAGCGCUGCUUCGAGGACAUCAACGAAUGCAUCGAUGCCUCCACGGAGAAGAGGAAGCGGGUGCUGGUGCACUGCCGCGAUGGCUUCUCUCUCGCCCCCACCUGCGUCAUCCAGUACCUCAUGAUCAAGCAGAACAUGAGGCUGAUCGCAGCCUAUGAACUGCUCAGGGCCAAGCACCCCGUCAACAUCCGCGAGUGCCACCAGAACGUGCUGGUCAGCCUGGAAAGGGCACUGCGGCCUGGUGGGAACACGGACCCUGAGUGCUUCAAACAGGCCAUCUCGCGCAAAUUGGCCUGGACCUAAUUUCAGCUGUACUGCCAUAUGUUACACAUUCAUUUCAACUUUUCUAAUUCUAGCUUUUAUGUGUUAUACUUUUGUCCCCUUCUGUGAUUGGCGAUGGCAGCUUUUCUUUACUUUUAACAGUCAGAAACUACUGCGACACUUCAAAAAAGAUUGCACAAAUGUUUUUGAUUGGUGCACAAUUGGCCAAUUCCCAAAGCUUGAGAUUUUGCCACAUGGGACAGAAACACAACCAGAAGAUUUCUGUUCUAUUUUUAGCUGCUAAAGGAGAAUGUCUCCUGUGAUUCAUGAUUCGACUCCUUUGGUGCUGAAGUCCUGUAUGUGUGUGAAGUGGGGCUGCAGCCAUAGUGUUCUGCUAUAGAUUUAUGUUUCAGGGGAAUGUGAAAGGAAAUCUCAGGAGACCCAAUGAUGUCAUACAUGGCUGCGUGGUCAUGCUGCGGAACAGAUAUAUGUACCAGAAGGGGACAGCCACACCACGGGCGUGCUCAGCUUCUCCUGCUGGACUACUUGUGAAUAAUGAUCACUCUGACUCCAGUGAGGUCUUUGUCCGCUGCCAUUGUAAACAUAGACAUUACAGACUUUGCUUGCAAAUGAAUAGUCUCAAAUGUGUCGAUAAUCUCUGCAUUUUCCAGAGUCACUGGAUUUUAUGGACAGUAUGUAAGUAAGAUUUGUCCUCCAUGAGGAAUCCAGUCACUUACCAGUUGUCUUUUCCCAUUAUAAAUAAUCUUUGGUAGAAAAUUAGUUUUGGUGCUUGGGAAGUGUGGAGUGUUGUUGUUUUUAAUUAUUUGUAUGUAUGUAUGUGUGUGUGUGCGGGUGUGUGUUUGCAGUACAACUGGAACUGGCCUGUGUGUAUCCUUGAUGGAUUGUCAGCAUUAGUGUCAUGGAUUUGACUGAACUUCACAACUAAAAGUUGUAAAGUACCGUCACUAGUUAAAGUUAAAUGUUCAUUAUGAUAUUUCACUUUUCGUCCUUCACCACUCAGCACAACCUUCAUUAGUUUUGGAAUAAUACGGUACAUAUAGUUCCUGUGUUCUUAUUAUGAAUAGAUAGCUGUCGUAAUUUUCUUAGCCAUUUAGGAAGAUCCAACAAACCCCUCAGACAUAUGUGCUUUUCCGUCUCCGUGUCAGCAGUGCUUAUCAUAAUUUGAUAUGUAGUGAGCAGUACGGUGAGGCGAGUUUUUGGUGCCUUUGUUUAAACUUGUCAUGUGUGAUUGUAUUGUGACAUUCACACACUAUGUAUGCAGUUGUCAGGCACUGACACAUGAUGAUAAUGACGUUUUUACGCACUGAAUCAUUCUGUAUAAACACUAAUCUUUGUUCUGCUGUUAGUACCGCGUUGUGACAUGUGGCAGAGCACAGCUCAGUUGGGUUCAGUUAUGUGAAGGUUUCGUUACAGUGGUCAUUCCGUGCACAGUGGCAGUAUUUUCAGUCAGUGUGGUGAUGGCUUGUGCAUCUCAGUCCGAGUGAUCAUUCUUUAGCCCCUACAGGUCUGCAGUUCACUUAAACAUCAGAAUUCGGAGCUCUAUUUAGCUUAAGUAGAUUUGCUUUCUGUUGCUGUACAUUUGAAAUGCUCGCUACUUUAAGGUCUAACUUGAUCUCAGGUGAACUUUAUUGGCCUAGACUAAAAUGCUCUCUGUCGAAGUUAGAUGCCAGAACAAUGUGACAAUGUAUUUUUCUGUAUCAUGUUUUUAAAGUCUUAUGCAUUUGUAUAUGUAGAUAUUAAAGAAAAUGACAUUUAAUUCA